AUUCAAUGGGACUAGCGUCGUCCAUCUUGGUUUUGCUGAACAUUCUACAGUUUUAGGACUACCACUGACGAAGUUUGCUGUCAAAAUUUCUAAUUAUUUCUGGCAGGGAGGUCUUAGUUAGUUAUUUUUACAGAGACGUUCAUUUACCAUGAGUACAAAAUCGCCGGACAAGAAGAGUGGCUCAGAAAAAAAGAAGGGAGGUGGUUUUCUCGGGAGGAAAGUCAGGGAAAAGAAACAAACCAUUACAGAAGAAGAUCUGCUCGAGAAAAAAGACGUCUCGCCUGACGAUGUUCUCAAACUAAUAAGAUGUACAGAAAAUUAUUUGUGUGAACCUGAUGCAAAUUCAUUCGAUAUAGAUUUUACAAGGUUCAAAAUUCGUGACAUGGACUCGGGCACGGUGUUGUUUGAAAUAGCUAAACCUCCUCCUUCUGAGGAGGAAGAUGAUGUAGAGUCUGAUCCGGAUGAGAUGGAUCCAAAUGCCGGUAGAUUUGUACGAUAUCAGUUCACACCACAGUUCCUAAAACUUAAGAACGUUGGUGCAACGGUGGAAUUUACAGUAGGUGAUAAACCAGUUAACAAUUUUCGAAUGAUUGAAAGACAUUACUUUGGAGAAAGACUGCUAAAGAGUUUUGACUUCAACUUCGGCUUUUGCAUUCCAAACAGUAAGAAUACAUGUGAACAUAUAUAUGAAUUUCCAGACCUUACACCUGAGGAAGUUCAAGAAAUGAUUGACAAUCCCUUUGAUACAAGAUCGGACAGUUUCUACUUCGUGGACAACAAAUUGAUCAUGCAUAACAAGGCGGAUUAUGCGUAUAAUGGGGGACAAGGAGCAAUGUAAUCAGGUCACAGUCUCAGAAAAAAAAAACAUACACAUAAAAACAAAUAGAAUUUGUACUUAUUUUACGAAGCUUGUUUCAGAGAAUAUCAACUCGCUUAUUUCUGAACAACAAAUUUCCUGGUGUAUAUUUCAAGCCAAAUGACUUAUUUUUGCAAGAAUUUUUUUUUUAAACACCCUCCUUCCCCUGACUAGCAAUGUUAGAGGCUUUUGAAAAGUGCAAAGUGUUGGGGGUUUGAGCUGUAGUGCAAGAAAAUCCAAAUUAUUUAGUUUGUACCGUCCACCCAUUUUUAUCUAAUGAAUUAUACAAAUAAAAGUUGUGAAAUAUGAAAUGACCCUAUUGUUGAUAUUGUAAUUGUAAAGAUUUAGCUGGCACAUUUAUAUUAUUUUUUUUUCUUCUCACCUCUUAGUAAAAUAGCAAGAAGUUUGUACACUUUGUUUUUGGAGCAAUGUAAUGUCACUUUUUCUUUUUCAAAUGAGAUUAUGCCCCAUGAGUAACUAUUCCAUACUUGUCACCUUGUUCAAAAAAUAUUUCACGGUUUAUACUUAAAGGGUUUUAUUGUCUUCUGUGCCCGCAUAUAUAACUAAUUUUAAUUGAGGACAAAUUUAAUUUUGUAAAUUCAGACAUUUUCAUCUGAAAUUUGUGUAAAGUAAGAACUGACUUGUUAAUAUUCCUAUCAUUGUCAAAAAAGUAUCUUUUCUAUAUUACAAUGUACUUUAAUCUUAUUUCUCUCAAGCAUUCUUGCGCAUCCAUGUUGUGGUGUCACCAGUCCAGCUAGCUAGGUGAUAAGAUUGUUUUAUUACAAUCCAAGUCUAAUAUGUGAAUAUUUAUGGCUGUAGUGAACAGCACGUGUAUGGGAUUUCCAUAUUCACUACUUUUUAAUGAGCUAUUAUAUAGGUGUUGUCAGUGCUGCGUGGAUUCAUGAUUCAGAGAUGUACACAAUAUGAACUUAUAAAAGUACAAAUGCAGCCUAUAUUUCUAUUGAUGGGCAGGCUGUAACUUGUACCACAGCUGUCACAAAUUGGGGACAUCUUAUCGUUGUGAAUAUGCGAGGCUUAAUUAGUUGUCAGUUUGUUGUUUCAUCUUGUAUUAUUCAAGACGACUGUGGUACAAUGUAUUGUGAAACAAUAUUAUAGCCAUGCAUUCCAUUUUAGACUUUGACCUUUGUUCAUUAAUAAUAGUUACCCACUUUUUAUUUUUGAAGAACCAUUUAUAUGUAACUGAUGCUUGCCUACAUCAUGUACUUUGUUCUGUGAUGUGCUAAGUGAUUAGAAUGUGUUAAACUGCAGUCUAAUGUCAGUGCAUCACAGCGGUAUGCUUUAGACUUGUUUAAUUUCUCAGGUAGACGAUAACAGUAGUAGGAGUAAAGUUGGGGUCUAAGUAGAGGCAGAGGGAUUUGACAGAAAUUAUUACUUUGGGCAAGUGAAAAUACUAUUGGAUAUGUAAUUAUUACACACAGGUUUUUAUCUAAUAGACUGUUGGCCACCAUUUCCCAUGCCCAUUUUUGCUUAAUUCUGUUCUCAAAUCAAUACAUAAUCAAAUGACUUCUUUUCAGAAUUUCAGAAACUUUAUCAAGAUGUACAUUUUAUUAAUCUGCAUAAUCCUGUUGGAAGGCGAACCAGAUUUAAUAUAGCCUAUAGGUACAAGCUUUACACUGCUGUUACUUUGGCAUUCUCCUGUACAUCGCCCUCUAUUGAUGUACCUUUAAUUUUGGUCUCUAGAGGGAGUCCUACAGGCUGCAGAGCAAGGUUCAAUGUUUAUAAAUAUAACUUGAUUAUUUUUGUCCUGUAAACUUAAAUCUAUUCAGCUUUAAUUAUGGUUUGCAUAUAUUGACAAUUACAAGUUGUCCACCGACCUAGGUCACACAGCGUCUCCCUUCACAUGUAUGUAUGUAUGUAUGUAUGUUCAGUACAAGAUACUUUAAAAAAAAAUAAUCAUAUAGUCGUUAUCACAGUAACACUACUUUUCAAUGUAGUAAACAUGGGGGGGGGGGGGAGGGGCUGAUUGUUUCCAGGCUUGGAGGCCAUAUUUAUCUGCAUAUCAAUUGAGGUUUAUUUUGUGUUCAUUGCUGUGUCACGUUAAAUUGUAUAUAUAUCUGUUGAGCUGUAGAUGUCAAAUGAAUGCUUGCAAUAAAGUACACCACUGUUUGCACAUU